AUGGAAGAAAGUAUCAACCAAGACCUACCUAGGAAUAAUAAUGCUGAAAAUAAUUCUGCUUCGAAUGAACGUUCUCCUCCUCCCGCGAGUAACGAAAAUCAAUCACAAACUUGUAGUGUUAGGGGGAAAACUGAUCUUGCUUGGAGAUACAUUGCUUUACAGAAUAUAAAUGGAAAACCACAUUACCAAUGCUUAUUUUGUCUGAGUACUUUUGGGGGCGGGGGAAUUAAUAGAAUGAAAAAGCAUUUGGCGAAGAUAGGUGGAGACAUUAAGAAGUGUUCUAAGGUCCCGUAUGAUGUAGAAAAACAAAUGGAAGGCUUAUUGAAAGAGAUUCAGAAAAGUAAAACUAGUAAAAGGAAAGUAAGUUUCAAUGAAGAGGGUACCGAUGAGUGUGAGGAUGCAAUUGAUGAAGCAAUAGCACAAGAGGAACAACAAACUCCGAGUCAGUUACCAACUAAGGAGGUUGUUGGAGGCGAUCCAAAAAAGAAAGCAAAACCCAUUAUUCCUCCUAUGUUUGCACCAAGAACAACUCCGGGCAGUCAACGAAGUCUGAAAAGCGUGUUUCAUAACAAAGAGGCGCUUCAUGAAGUUGAUAAGCGAGUGGAUAGAUGGCUUUUGGAUUGUAGGAUUCCCUUCAAUGCGGUUAUGUCACCUUUUUUUCAAGAUAUGUUGGAUGGUGUAGCUGGCUAUGGGCCUGGUUAUAUAGGUCCUUCUUAUGACUCUUUAAGGGUUAACUUAUUAGCCGAUCUCAAGAGAGAGUGUCAAAUGGUUGUUGAUAGCUAUAGGUCUGCUUGGAAAGAAACUGGAUGUACUCUCAUGGCUAAUGGUUGGACAGAUCAAAGGCAAAGAACGUUGAUUAAUUUUUUGGUUUAUUGUUCGAAAGGGUUGUGCUUUGUGAAAUCUGUUGAUGCCUCAAGUAUGGUUAAAAAUGCUUCUAGCUUGUGUGACUUGUUUUCAGAGGUGAUUGAAUGGAUUGGACCUGAUAAUGUUGUUCAUGUAGUAACUGAUAAUGCUGCGAAUUAUGUUGCUACUGGUAGGCUUAUUAGUAAGAAAUUUGAAAAUAUUCACUGGUCACCUUGUGCUGCUCAUUGCUUGAAUCUUAUUCUAAAAGAUAUAAGCAGCAUGCCACAUAUUUCUAGCCUUGCAACACGUGCUUCAAAGAUUACUGUGUUUGUAUAA